GUUUGAUUACUUGUGUACAUUCUUAAACUUCCUGCCUCGCACAAAUGCACCUUCCACCAACAGCAGCGGCACCCUCAUCCUCGUCGUGCCUAUCGUACACUACGGACCCCAUCAAAAUGAUGCUUGCCGACUACCACCCCCACAUGCCACCACAGUACUAUCCGUCGGAAUUCGAACUGCAUGGCCUUGAUUGCCAGUCACUGCCAACGCCAAGCGUGGAAAAGUGUGCGUACCGCACCGGCAAAUGCUUCAACGCUCGCGCGUACAAGCGCAACGGCAAGCCGCACAAGCUGUGCGCGUUUCACCGCGAAAAGGCCAACUUGAACCAAAUGAAACUCGACCAGAAGAAGCGACAACGGCGAGGCAGCAGCGGUUGCGAAGACGACGAUGGAGACAGCAGCUCCGCCACAGAGCGGCCUCGCAAGCAGCGAUGUGUCGAACGACCGAGUCUGAGUGCUCUCGUCCAGUCGCCUUUGCCCACCCGCAUCGACGACGCGCCGCCAGUUCUCGCUGUCGACGAACUCGAUUUUUUCUGUGAUGCGAUGAGUCCACGACAGUCCAAACUGUUUCAAGAUCUCCAAGAAGCAGCCUCGCGAGCGACCACGUUUACACUGGAAGUGGUCGUGUAGCUGUCGAGAAUGCUACGGAGGAAUGUAGCUCCAAUUGUAUUUAAUCGAACGUUUUGGUGAUUUUAUCCUAAAGA